AUGCGUUCGUCUUCCUCGUCUUCUGGCCGCUCGAAAACGCACUCGACGCCCGCGCUCCUCCACAACCUGCCUCUCUCCGCCCCAACAUCCCCGCCCACCCCGGCUCCGAGCCCGACGCCGCACCAACGGGGCCCCAGCUGGCAGACUGGCUUGGAUGAUGAUGAUUUGUUCAUACGAGACACUGCGUCUCAAUUUAGCCUUCUGGGUCGGGUUGACAGGCAGAGGUUUUUGGCGGAGCUCUUGAAUCUAUGCGAUAACCAGAUCCUCGGCUUCGUCCAUCAACUUGUGGGCCCAAAGCUGCGAAAGGAUCCUUUUCAGUAUCUGCCAAAUGAACUGUGCUUCAGAGUUUUGUCAUUCAUCGAUGACCCAAAGACACUUGCACGGGCAUCACAAGUCUCGAGACGAUGGCACGACCUCCUGAACGACGAUUUAACAUGGAAAGUCCUGUGUGAUAAGCAUUCCUAUAGACGGUUAUCAACAUACGAUCACCCAUAUGAUACCGUGCCCCCAACGCCUUCGCUCCGCAGUUUUAACCCUAAUUUCAAUACCGACCUCCAACAGCUGCAGAGUGGGUUUGGUUCGAUACCCGAUGAACUAAGCAGCACUACAUCCAUUACAGCGUCAUCAAUCGGCAGAAUGAGACCUCGAAGACGGCGCACCCGGGCGACCUCUUAUCGAUACCAUUUCAAGCAUCGGUAUAUGGUGGAGUCCGCGUGGAGGAAAGGCGGAAGGCUCAAGACGAAGUGCAUUGCUCCAGACCAUGGAGUAGUCACUAGCCUUCAUCUAACGCCAAAAUACAUAGUUGUUGCGCUAGAUAACGCAAAAAUUCAUGUUUUCAACCCCGAGGGUGAGCUUCAAAGAACCUUGCUUGGGCAUGCCAUGGGCGUCUGGGCAAUGGUCCCGUGGGAUGAUUUAUUGGUCAGUGGUGGCUGUGAUAGGGAUGUUCGUGUUUGGAACAUGGCCACUGGUGAGAGCGUGCAUGAACUUCGUGGCCAUACGUCAACCGUACGGUGUCUAAAAAUGUCGGAUGAAAACACGGCUAUUUCCGGCUCCCGGGACACCACAAUACGAAUAUGGGACCUUGCCGCAGGGGUGUGUAAGCAUGUUCUAAUAGGCCAUCAAGCGAGUGUAAGAUGUUUGGAAAUCCACGGUGAUCUCAUCGUGUCCGGAAGUUAUGAUACAACGGCUAGGGUGUGGAGCAUAUCAGAGGGGCGAUACUUAAGAUCACUUGCAGGCCAUUUUAGUCAGAUCUAUGCCAUCGCGUUUGAUGGGACUCGAGUGGCUACUGGGAGCCUGGACACCAGUGUAAGAAUCUGGGACGCGCAUACCGGGCAGUGUCAUGCCAUACUACAGGGCCACACGUCCUUGGUCGGACAAUUGCAGAUGAGAGGGGAUACACUUGUCACUGGUGGCUCCGAUGGUUCUAUUCGUGUCUGGUCGCUAGAGCAUCUGGCACCAAUUCACCGACUCGCUGCUCAUGAUAACAGCAUCACAAGCUUGGAAUUCGACGAAAAUCGCAUUGUCAGUGGAGGAAGUGAUGGCCGGGUCAGGAUUUGGGACCUCGCGACUGGCCAACUAGUCCGUGAACUUAGCCAACCCGCAGAAGCCGUCUGGCGUGUUGCGUUUGAGGAAGAGAAGGCAGUCAUUAUGGCCACCCGUAGUGGGCGAACAGUUCUAGAGGUCUGGUCCUUUUCACCACCAGAAGAAGAAGACUGCGAGCGGCCUCUCUCCAUGGCCUCAACCUCCACGAUAGAACGCGGCUAUUUUUCUUCUGCUAAUUCUAUAAUUACUACUGUUGGUGCAGCCAGCAGCAACGCAGGCACCGCAUCAUCGAUUCUUCAGGACUUAGAAAUGCAAGACGUAACUAAUGAAAGCGGUUGA